GGGACGUUCUGGCAAUACACGAGCGAGGCACGUAGCGUCCGAUUCAGUCUGCAUCCGACCGCCGCGAGUGUCGCGUCGCGAAGCAGUGGUCAAAUUUCGGGGGGGACACGAGACUCCGAUACGAGUCAGUUCGUGCGAGUGAUCGUGAUACGACACCACGGUCUUUUAUCCCGUGUCUAAGCGGGCAUUUAUUAUUCAUAUUUUCUUGAAUCGUGAUUUGUAAUAAAAGAAAGGAAAAAUUAGUGAGAAAUCACAGUUGCGUGUAUUGGUGUUAGAGAAAGAAAGAAAGAGCAGGUCACUGAACGACCAUACGAAGGUAGGAAGAGGGAGAGAGAAAAAUAAAAGACAGACAGAGAAGGAUUUUCGUCGCGACAUAUACACACGUAUAUACACGUGCGAAAGCGAGGAGAGACGUGAAACACGCGCGUGCGCACCCGCGUAACACAUAUACACAUAUAAGAAAGAGAGAGAGCAAGAAAGAGAUAACGAAGACACGGCGCAGGAAGAGGCAAGAGAAUCAGUGACACUGGGAGGGUCGGGUAUUCCUCGUGCAAAACCGCCACCGGAAUAUAUGUCGUGAGUGUGCGACCGAAGAUCCGCGGAUAGAGGCCGGCGAUAGUGCGUGCAGAGCUUUGAGAAGCAAAAAAAAAAGCAAAGACUCCGGGUGAAAAGCAAUGCGGGUUCAUUGACUGCGUGCCGCGCAAUGGCUGCAUGUUCGUGGCCGAUGCACAGUGCAUGUGUGACAGGAGCUACGAGGAGGACGACGCCGAGGACGACGAGGUCGAAGAUACCGGCUACGGCCAACAUCGAACUCAAGACCUACUGAAAUUCUGUUCGAAUUCUGUAUGUGAUCGAGGACUCGAGGGCUAUCUUGAUCAAAACUGCGAUAACAACGAGAAACAUUGGAAUUUUUCGUGCUUUUUACGUAAGUGAACUCGGCCACUACUGGACUUCAACAAAAUUCUGCGCAUCCAUUUGCAGAUAUGAUUUUAAUUUAUCAGGAUACACUAAUGAACACUUGAUCAACGUUUUCUUACAAAUCUUCGUAAAGUUUUAAUAGUCUCUUCUGAAUUUUACCAAAGACACGAGAAUCCUGAGACAGACUUUAAUCCAGUUAAAUUAUCUUUAAGAAGAAAAAAAGAAGAAAAGAAGAGAAAAGAAAAGAAAAGAAAAGGUUAUUUGCUUCUCAAUUGUGCUUCGUGCACCAAAUUUAUCUAACAUAAAUCUUCGCUUACCAAUUUUAUCCGGACUUAAUGCUUGCGACCAGGUGUUUGGACAGAAAAUCGGCACGAAGUCGCGGCAAUACCUGGGAAAAAUGUUCAUUUGCUGACGAUUGGCAGCAAAAGCAAGCAGAUCGCGGUGGUGAAUCGUCGUUGAGGAUCGCGUCGGACGUGUUGAGGUGGCGGGACUUAGGUGAGGAUAUUCCGUCGCGUUUGACGUCGUUGUCGUCGUCGUGGUGCGUUGUUCAGCCCGUGGUUCGGCAGUGAGAGAAAGAUAAGAGGGAGAGGCGGGCAGCUAUAACCGGCAACCACACGGUGGACAUGAUUAUUUCAAAGGAUCUGUUCCUCUUUGGCGACCAAGAUUACCUGCGCCUUCCCAGCAACGAGAAGCGCCAGCAACGGGCAAUGGGCCGACCGAUCAUCAAUGCUCCCAGGUAAGAAUCCGACACACGGAAAUUUUGCAUUAACGUCUUCAUCAUCGAUAACGAGUAAGAACGCGUUGCCUAUUCUAUCCUAUUUGAAGUUGUCUCAUCGUUCUCGACAUUUUCAUACAGACGACGAUCUCGAAUAUCGUCUUCCUGCGUAUAUUGAAAACGUAUCCGCACGAUGUAUUCCGAAACGUGGAGGAGGGAAUUUGGAGGAGGAGAUCUGGCCAAUUCCAAGCCUGGAAGGAUCGAGAGAUCUCGAGUAUCGAGGCAGAAGGAAGGUUAUCGUGCUCGAUCCAAAGGAUCCCUGUGUGUCAACGGAGGAGGAAUCGGCGGCUGCGUCCUAUUUCGAUCGAGUGGCCGGCCGCCAUGUUGGAGAUAACGAGGCCCUCGGCAGUGCCAGCGACGCCGAUCAUCGAUCCUGCGACAACUACGGAGAAACUCGAUUACGAAGAUUGACGUUCACCGGCAGCAACUUUCCAAGAAUUCCAGGCACGUUAAGAGGCAGAAAUACCGAUAUAUUGAAACGGGUUAAAUGAUAAUCAGAGACCGUGGGAGUGGUAGUUCCUCGAGGGUGCGCCUCGGUUGUUGUACUCUCAAAGAGAGACGACUGACCGCGGUCGCCAUUUCGGCUAAUUUUUUUCCUUUCUUUUUACUGGGUUAAAACCACAUUGUUGCGGUCAUCCAGUACUGUUUUUUGGUAAAUUAUCGUAUUGCCGGUAGUGUUGCACGCGGAUUCAGAAUCGGAAUCGAUUUUUGUAUCUUUUGAUCCUCGAGCGAAUCGAUAGAUAUUUUAGAAAAUACGAUACGAUUCGAGUUUUCUUCGUAAAUUAAAAUCUUUUCGAUUCUGUUAAAAAUCGUGUAAUGUUUUGUCUUAUUCGAGUUAAUCUUAAAUCGAGAUAUUUAUUUUAUAUUCAAUUUUUAAUGGGUUUUCUUCUAUUUCUUCUUUUUUCUUUCUGUUGGCUUAUUUUCGUGUUUGAUUCGUUCAGAAAAAAAAUAAUUUUUUUAACCUUAAAAUAAGCGUGACAAUAGAGUUGAAUCAGUUUUGUAAAAUUGAAGUUUCAAUUUUUGUUUCGUGAAAAAAUGUGGAGGGAAUCGAUAAGUGAGAAUAUUUAGAAACGACACGGAAUACUUCGAUUGAGUUCAAGUGUUUUUUGCAACUAAAAAGUUUUUUAACUUUAAGUUUUUUUUCUUCUGAUAAUUAGAGUAAAACGUAUAAUUAUUCUAUUUUUAAAUCAAAGUAAUGUUCUUUGGAUAUUCUUAGUGCUGAAGUCUAAAUAGUUGUUGAAAAAAUGUUCUGUAACAUUUUCGUAAAUUGUAGCUCUGAACUUGGAUCUUGUAAAAAAUAUAUGGUACGUUAUAUUUUAUGGUUAAUUGAGAGAGAGAAAAAAUAAGCGCAACUCUUUACAGCGUUGGAUAUUUUAUUAUUUAGGUUAAUUAUCAAGAUGUAAAUGGAAAUGUAUUAUGUUUCUUCCAGAUCUUUGAUGAAUUAGGAUGGAAUGUGUAUAAUGCUUUAUAACGUUGCAUGAUGUGUCGUAACCCUAUAUUUCCACGUUUUUAGUUAUCAAUCUGAUUAGAAAAUAUGUGUAUAAUGUGAUCCACAUUGUAAUGUUGAAGAAUAUUGUAAAUAGGACGAUGUAGAUGAAUAAUUUAUACGAUAUAUUGCUAUGUUUAUAAUUAUGUUGACGAUUCUUCUAAUUGCAUAAACAUAUUAUAAAUAAAUAAAAAUUAAUAUUACUUAAUUUUAUAUAUAAUUUUAUAUAAUUUUAUAUACUUAAAUUUAUUUCGAUUGUAUAAAGAUUAUCAUAUAUGUGUGAAUAUAUGUUAUAUUAUUCAAUCUGUAAUUAUAAAUCAUAAUACAAUAUUAUAAUAUUAAAAAUUGUAUUAUCGUAGUUUUUAAAAAGAAAUUAAAAAAGAAUUUUAGAAACAAGAAUUUUGAAUCGAAAAGCGACUUAAACGCCCUCACUUCGACGCGUCAUUCUUUAUAAAGUUAACCUGUUGAUUAAGAAGAAUAUGGUUGUGCGUAUUACGUGGAUUAUUUGUAGUUUUGUUAUAAUUUGUGUUGUGCCAGUGAUUUUUCUUUCUAUGUAGACACAAAUGUACAUUAAUUUCGUAUCAUUUUUCACAAUUUCAACGUGUCAACUUGUAAAGAUAAACUCAUUACGUUUGUCAU